GGCGCACGUAGAAGCGAGAUAAGUAUUUUAAAAAAGAGAAACUUUUCGGAUGGGGACACCGAAACGUGCACCUUUCACAUCUGGCUCACGAAGAGAUGCUCCGCGGCGGCCGAGCGCGAGCAGGGAGCGGCGGGCUGAGCCGCUCCGGUCGGGCUGGUCCUCAGUUUGGCGUUGCUCCCGUGGAGGCGAUUUAGGGAAGACAUCUACCGGGUAAACAUCACGAACCGGUCCGUUUUUUCAACUCCCACCGUGUGGAUCUGCUGACCAGAGGUGAAGAAAUGCCUUUAAAAGGGUGGAGCUGCGGUUUCUUUAAUAAAUGAUGAGGAAUUCCGCUCAGCCUAAUUGUGAUUCUGAUGUUUAUGUGUGACUGACACUGAUCCUCAACCACAGCGCCUUGUUUUUUCGUGUCCGAACAAUGUCACAGGUGAUGUUAUGUCACUAGAGAUGAUGAUGGCUGCUGGCUGGUGCGGGACUACCCCGAGCAUUCACGUUAAGCGCCCUGGUAGCGGCUCUCCAUGGAGGCUGUUUAUGCAAUCCGACGCAGUGUUGCAAGUGGGCUGAUUUGAUGCUACUCUGCUGUCUCCAUGUGAUAUGAUCCCCAGAACUGCCAGGCCUGUUUUUUUUGUUGUGUUUCAUGUGAAAUAUGCUCGGGCCCAAAAUGAAGGAGCUGUCACUGCGCGGGGAUGAGGCGAUGCUCUGAAAAAAGGUGUCCUUUCUGGAAUUAAAAACCGGGGGAAAGCCAUCAGACACCAUGUCGAAAGUUGUCAGUAACAAGGAGAAGAAAUCCUUCAGUAAAAAACUCUUCCGGAGAAGCUCUGUCCGCUCCGUUGGGAGCUUUAUGAACAGAGUUCUCCGGACUCUGUCGACUCUGUCUCAUUUCGGUACCGACGAGCAGGCCGCCGAGGACGAGAAGGACGACGCAACUUUGAUCCCGACCACCACUGGAGGGUCGGUCCCGUCUGACGACAGCGAUUGCGGGGGUUUCCCUUUCGGGGACAAGGUGCCGGGUGUAGCCGGACUCAAGAACCACGGCAACACCUGCUUCAUGAACGCUAUCCUGCAGUGCCUGAGCAACACGGAGCUGUUUGCAGAGUACCUGGCUCUGGAGCAGUUUAAAGGGGGGGACUCGACCAGCAGCAACGAGAAGGAGAAGGCCAAGUCCAACGGGGUGCUGGUGCAGAAGAAGGGGAGCCAGCAGCAGCAGCAGCAGCAGCAGCAGGAUACCGGGGAGGUGACUGAGCAGCUGUCCGGUCUGGUUCGGGCUCUGUGGACCUUCGAGUACACACCGCAGCACAGCAGAGACUUCAAGAAUGUGGUGUCCAGGAGUGCCCUACAGUUCAAGGGUAACUCCCAGCACGAUGCCCAGGAAUUCCUCCUCUGGUUGCUGGACAGAGUUCACGAAGACCUCAACCAUAUCAUCCAACCUGACAUCAGACCCCCCAGGAAGCCUCCAGUAGAAGAGGAAAAUGCCCCUGAAGGAUCUCCACUACCAGCACCUGGCUCUUUUGUACAGGAGUUGUUUCAGGCACAAUACAGGUCUUCUCUGACUUGCCCUCACUGCCAGAAACAGAGCAACACCUUUGAUCCUUUCCUCUGCAUCUCACUGCCAAUCCCGGUACCUCACACACGGCCCUUGUAUGUGACAGUGGUGUACCAAGGAAAGUGCUCCCACUGUAUGAGAGUUGGGGUGGCGGUGCCUCUUUCUGGUACCGUGUCCAGGCUGAGACAAGCUGUGGCUUCAGAGACCAAAAUCCCUGCCCAACAGAUCGUCCUCACUGAGAUGUACUUCGACGGCUUCCAUCGCUCCUUCUGCGACGAUGAUGAUGACCUUGAGAUCAUUCAGGAGAGUGACUCCAUCUUUGCCUUCGAGACACCUGAGCUAUUCAGACCGGAGCAGAUCCGCUCCAAACGCGGCGGGAGCCCACAUGCAAAUCUCAACCAGAACAACCUAAAGUAUGGCACAGAUAAUAACAGGAUAUCAACACAAAUACAAGAGCAAACAACGCCGCCUCAGAGUCCCAAUAAAAACAGUGGACAGGCUGAGAAGAUUGUCCUGCUGGUGUGUAACAGAGCCUGCGCUGGACAGCAAGGACGCAGGUUUGGGAAUCCAUUCAUUCUGUAUCUGGAGCGUACAGUGACGUGGGAUGUACUUCAGAAAGAGAUCCUGGAGAAGAUGCGACAUCUUUUGCGCCCUGGUGUCUUUGUGCAGGUAGGGCCCUUCACUUUGCGUGUGGUCGGAGUGGUUGGAAUCACAUAUCUCUUGCCUCAGGAGGAACAGCCGCUCUGCCAUCCCUCUGUGGAGAGGGCAUUCAAGUCUUGCGGUCCUGGAGGGCCACCUCAUGUCAAAAUUGUCGUUGAAUGGGACAAGGAGACGAAAGACUAUCUGUUCAAAAGAACUGAGGAUGAAUACAUCCCGGAUGCUGAGAGCGUGCGUCAGGUAAAGGAGCAGCACCUGCAGCCUCAGACCUGCUCACUCGCCCAGUGCUUUCAACUCUACACCAAAGAGGAACAGCUCGCUCCUGAUGAUGCAUGGCGUUGUCCACACUGUAAGCAGCUCCAGCAGGGCAGCAUCAAGCUCAGUCUGUGGACCCUGCCAGACAUCCUCAUACUCCACCUGAAACGCUUUAGACAGGAUGGGGAUCGGCGAAUGAAGAUGCAGAACAUGGUGAAGUUCCCGCUCACGGGCAUGGACAUGGCGCCCCAUAUGGUGAAGAGGAGCCAGAGCAGCUGGAGUCUCCCCUCCCACUGGUCACCAUGGAGACGGCCUUAUGGGAUGGGCCGUGACCCUGAGGACUACCUUUAUGACCUGUACGCAGUGUGUAACCAUCAUGGGACCAUGCAGGGAGGACAUUACACAGCUCACUGUAAGAACUCCAUAGAUGGACAGUGGUAUUGCUUUGAUGACAGUGAUGUUCAGCCCAUAUCUGAAGAUGAGGUCUGCAAGCAGACUGGUUAUAUCUUGUUUUAUCAAAGACGGGCCACAGUUCCAUCUUGGUCUGCCAACAGUUCUGUGGGAGGAUCCACCAGUUCCUCUUUGUGUGAGCACUGGAUCAGUCGGCUGAUGGGCAGCCGUCCACCCAGCCAGGCCUCCUCUGGUUCCUCCAGACGGACCUCGCUGGCGUCCCUCUCUGAGUCAGCUGAGUUUGCUGGUGAACGGAGCGAGGAUGAUGGCUUAUCAAGCCGGCAAGCAGUGAGGGGCAUGCAGAGACAAACAUUCUCCUCCAGAUCAUCCAUCGCCAGUCCUCUGGUGCUCAGUGAAAACGGCACCAAACCAUCCUGGUCCCACUCUGCUAAGCUCCAACUGCGCUCCAACUCUCCCUCACGCUUCUCCCUGGAAUCCCACUCCUCAUCCCCAACCCUGGAGAUGAUAGGAGAGGUGGUUGAUACCAAGCUUUCAACCUGCUUCACUGGGUCGCCGAAGACGGACAGAGCGUCAGGAGGCAAGUCGGCACUCGCAGCUUCGGACGGAAAUCCAGGCAGUAAGAGGCUGAUAGAGCAGCUUCACUCCAAGGCUGUGGCACAAGCAGAGCAGAGGAGCUCUACCCAGGCUGGGGAUAACAACAAUGUAGUCACAGCUGCUGAACAGGUCAGCCCUCGACACGGGGCAGCUUCAAAGGACCCGAAACAAAGAAACGGGGCUGCAGAUGGUGCUGGCGUUAAAAGGACUUCCGCAAGUCCCAAGAAGCGUCCUGCCACCUCCUCAACGUCCUCCAGCUCUCUGUCUCCUGCAUCCCCAGCUGUGGACAAGUUACCGUCUCGAACACAGGCAAAGAGUGCAGCAUCGUCCCCCAAAGACAAAAACGAUGGACCCCCUAAAACUAGCAAGGCUGGCUCCUCAAGAACAGCAACGCCCUCUAAGAAAGGGUCAUCCCAAACCCCGGAGGUGCUACAUCCUGACUCUGCCCAACAGAAAAAGAGCGGUUCUCCAGGAUUACAAAGCUCACACCCUCAAAGGAGGACGUCACCCAGAGCGGGAGGCGAGAAAAGCUCAGCCUCAGGAAGGACUAAAGCAGCAGACAGGAGCACUAGCCGUGAAUCCUCACGGACUAACGCGGUCUCAGAGAAGAAGGUAAACCACGGAGCUCCUCCCUCCAGGUCGAGCGCCGCUAGUAGAGCGGAGAGCAGGCCGGGUCGCGCCGCGGAGAACAGGGCGCCUGGCCGGAGCUCGAGCAGCAGCUCAUCCAUGGCGAGUCUCCGCUCCUCCAGUGUGGGCCUUUCCUCUGCCAGCGCGGCCCCGCCAUCAAGGGGCCCUAGAAGGAACAGUAAGACAGAGGAAAAAGGUUUAUCCUUCUUUAAAACUGCCCUGAGGCCCAAAGAGACCCGUAAGUCAGCUGAUGGUGGGAAAGCAGGGGCGGGAGAGGCUAAAGCGAGUCCAGAGGAUGGUGGCGGGGAUGCAGCUAGGGAGGGAAUCCCACACGGAGUGAGCAAGAAAGCCCAGAAUGGGGCUUCGGAGGCCCAGACUCAUGCGACCACAGCCAAAGACAAGGAGUCCUCGAAGGCGUCUGCUGCAGCCAAGCAUUCACUGCUGCCCUCCACCAAGUCCAAGCUCUCCGGAGCCGAAACGACCACCCAGUCCUCCGCCAAUGCAAAGGACCCCUCGAAGAAAGAACCUGCUAAAAAGACAAUGCAGUCCAGGAAGAUCCCAAUCAGCUCUACACAAACUAGCCAGAGGGCCAAGUGACUUUAUUUUAAAGGCCUGAUAACAAUCUCUCUAGUGCAGCUCUGAGGUGUUUCAACCAUCAAACUAGACCCGGCGUCUGACAAACACCCUUAAAAGCACCUGUAGCUUUUCAGUGGUCACUGAAUACCAGCUGCCAUACCGGACACUUCCUGUCCAACAUUGUUAAAUAGUUAUUUAGGAAUGGAUUUUAACAAAGCACUUUGUAUGGAUUGCAUUGAUUUUGAGGAUAUUAUACUGUAUUGUAAAUAAGCAUGGACUGCACAUGUAUUGAAAUUAUUGCCUUGUUCUGUCUGUAGCAUAGUUGGGAGAAAUGCAUCUCAGUAGGAGGUGAAAAUAAAAGUGACUUUGCACAAGAUGGAAAGAUAUAAUGGUGGAAAGAAACUUUUCAGAUACAUAGAAAAAAAACUCGGACUACUCAGUCACCAAAGGAAGUUUACCGGCAAUUUUUAACAUGCUGAUGCAGUGAAUUAUUUCCAAAAAUCUUUAUGUACAGCUCUCCGUCAAUAUUGAGAGCCAUAUGUCCACAAACAUCAGUGCCUCAGAUAAUCAAAGUAUUUAAUCUAAAUUGUAUAACUGCAGGUGUUGUUAAAUUUAUAAUUCAAUUUUAAUAUUUAUUAAGCACUGAAUAUGUAAUUUCAAGUCAAACACAAUUCAGCCUAUUUAACCUGAGCUGCUGUUUACAUAUGCUCCUUGAUGUAGUACGUGUGCAACAGCCUUUAAGAAGAAGAAGAAGUUUUUUUGCGCAGGCAGAAUCGUCGAGAAGCCCGAUGGCGGGAGGGGGGGAAAGGGGAGAAAGUGCAGGAAUGAAGCAUGUGUCGUCGGUGUUUAAAUGUCUGGAGACGUUGGUUUGUGAUGGUUCUUAAAUGUUUGUGUUUUAUUUACCAGUAACGACCCCCUCAGACAAACCUCCCACCCGUCACCACCUCUGCCCUCCAGCUGCUGAUGCCAACACUUAAUGUUCCUCAUGGGGGAUCAGCCUCUUCAGACUGCCAGACAUCUCCAAACAUUCCUCUCAGAUGAACACAGGGUUAAUGUAAAAAGCCACUAUACGCACACACACUCAAAGACAGCUGGGAUGCCUUUUCGUUUAAAAAAAAACAACAACAUACAUGUACAUAGAGUGUUAUGGUAUGUUUGAGUCAGCCUCAUCUUAACGUGUGACAUCACAGCUUGUGCACACCUUUAGCUUGCAUUACAGAGUAGAUCAACACUGAACGCACUGACUGAGAAAAGAGAUCACCCUUCAUGAAGUAUACGACAGUUGUUGCAUGAUAAAUUGCUUAUGCAUGCACUUAACUAUGCAAGCAGAUUCUUGCUAAUGCCCACACUGAGUAUGUAGACGUGCUACUCUUGGAUGUGUAUAUAUUUCUAACUGUAUAUUUUUCCAAAUGCCAGCAUCAGAGAGCAUGUUACGGCAUCCUUUAUUAAAGCUUUGUUUGCACAUUUCUUCAAAGUAAUAUACAUUUUGUAUGAAUGAUAAGUAUUGCUCAUUCACCCUCUCAAAGUAAAUCAACUCACUUGCAAAGUAAUGUUUUCUGUAUUGUAUUCAUUUGUCUCACGUUUUCCUCACAAAACCUUUUGCAAGAGUUUUUCUAUGGCAACAAAACAUUUGCUGCAGUUUACAAGUUACAUUUCAUUUAUCAUCUCUGAUAUUUUGAUAUUUAUAGCGGCGAACAUGUUGAAAAUCUUACGAUAAGUUAAAAUUGAACUCGUUCAAAGGCGGUAGUAUUGUAUACAAGCUUGUUGUUGGCUUCUACAUUGAGACAAUAUGACAGGCUUAAACCAUUUAAAGGGAAAGUUCACCCCAAAAUCCAAUAUAUCUAUUUUUCCUCUUACCUGUAGUGCUAUUAGAUAGAUAGAUUAGAAGAUAUCGACUGCAGAGAUGUUGGCCUUCUCUUGAAUAUAAUGGGACUAUAUGACACUUAGCUUGUGGAGCUCAAAAUGCAAAAUAGAUAUGUUUUGAAAACUUAACAGCGAUAUCUCUUUCCAGAAAUCAUGAUCAGGUUACUCAAGAUAAUCCACAGAUGGAAAAUAGUUCCUUUAUCUCCAAAACCGGGAGAAAAAAAAUCUAGAUUAAUAAAUACAACUAUGAGUCAGAGGACAAGUAUGUAUUUUUGAUUUUGGGGUGAGCUGUCCCUUUAAGACAAGAUGCUGAACUCAGCCUUUAUAACCAUGCUGUUUUCCACUUUUUUCUGAAGAUUUGAAACAGUAAUGAUGUUCAGAUGAUUUUAUAUUGUUUUUAAUUAAAUUCUUGUAUGAUCAAACCUUAAGCCUGUCGGAAAAAAAGCAAAAGACAAAAGAAAAGCUGUACAUUUUCCACUGUGAGAAGUUACACUGGAAGGCAUCAUUAACUGAGUUUGUAACAGGAGUCAUCCCGCCUAAAUGCAAAAUUAAUAAUGACAGUUGUAAUUAAAAACAUCCAAAUUUACUGAAUGUCAAUGUCACUGUCAAGGAGGAAUGUUUAUCAGUACAAACUACUUCCUGUUUCAUGGUGCAGAAUAAAUAAUCUUUAGUGCCUGGUGGCUACAGUGUGUUCAUACUGUGCUAUUACAUCCAACACAUGCAGUAUAUAAACCGAUAAACUGACUUAAUAUAAUACAUAUAUAUAUAUAUAUUAUUAUUAUUAUUAUGAAUUAAUGUUACAUUGAUUUACUUAAUAAUGGUGUAAUAAAAGGGGUGUAUGAAUAUAAUGAAAUGGUGUGAUGAAUUAUUUAUUUUCACAAAUGCAUGAGAUCAAUAAAAAACUUUUAUAUUUCCAUUCAUAUUCUGUAAUAUAAUGUAAUGUUGACAUGUACUGUGUUCAUCUUUUUUGUGGGGUAGCAGUGUGUGUUUGCACUGAUUUAACAAUGCAAGACAAACAACAAGAACAAAUAAAAGUAUGUCAUUAAGUAACA